AUGAAUAUCUCGGGAAUACACUGGAUGUUGUUGGUAAGUUUAGGUCAUCCCACUUGGUAAGGCUGCUACCACCUGGGGGGACUCCCAUAUGAAAGGGGCAGUUAUGCUUGUCGGGAAUUUUGAAUUAAACCCUUAAAAACAAGAAAGUUACAGCCAGUUGUGUCUUAAAACAAUUUAAAUUUAUAAAAGUACACCACCGUGAUGACACCUUUUGUCAAAGUACUGUCUUUAAGGCACUGUUACGUUUGUUAAAUGAGACAGUACAGUUGCAUUCAAUUUGUCAGGUUCUUCUUUAACCUCUCUGCUGCAACUCAAUGGACUUGUUCCCAAGUUUUGGACGGAAAGGAAUCCACUCGUUUUUACAUUGACCCUUUCCAUGAAUACAGCAAACCAAAGGAAAUAACAGCUCUGUCAUCUCCUAGUCUGUACAACAUCAUCAGUAAGAUAAGGUGGGUGUUGCCUGGUCAAGGCAAUCUCAGAUCAGAGAGUCAUUCAUCCUUCAAUAUUUCAGAGAAAACAUUAGACUAGCAUUUAUGUUUGCCAAUACCCAUCUGCUGUAGGUGGAAAGUAGAACAUUCAAUUUGGCAAAUGAUGACCCAAGGGGGACUUUCCAAAAAAUAAUUUUGAAGGUUGAGCUAUACAGAUUAACCACCCAACCCACCAUCAAGAGUUCUGAAGCCUGUCACAUAUUUCUCAGCGAAUAGCUACCCACUAGUAGGUUUCAUCAUGCAUUCCUACUUCAGUUCAUGGGAAAGUUUCCCAACCAGACUUGGGAUCCUUAAUUGACAGCAUUUUUUUUGCAGAAACCAAACACUCAUAGCACAUGGACAUUAACUUCGGUAGACACUGAUGUUAUGUUGUUACAGGUAAAAAUUUUAUACUGUCAAAUGAUUGGUUUUAUUCAUUUUAGUGAAGCUGCGGACAUCAAAACAGGUUGGCAAAGCAAGGAUUGGAGAUGCAUUGAGCCUCCGCAUUUUCAGCAGAUGGAUGGAUUCAACUGUGGUGUACUAGUUUGCACAGUAAUGUUCAGUUGUUCUGUGAUUAUUUGGUUAAUUAAAGGUUGACAAGUAUACAGUCAUGCAACUUACUCUAUGCCAUCCAUUGCAUAAUGCUAACAUAUUAAUUGAUUGCGUUUGUUUAGUUUGCAAGGAACCUGGAUGACAAGAAACUCACUAACAACUUUAAUGUUGUUAUUGAGAGGAACAAAUUAUUAUCCAACCUGUUUGGCAGCUGUUAUGAUGACGUUUUGAGGUACUCCACCAUGCAAGUUAUUGCAAUUUCCUAGGAAGAGAGAUUUCUUAAAAGCCCAAUUUGAGAAGAAAGCUAUGAAAAAAAAACAUUGAAUUUGCUGUGGGGACAGAAUAUGGACAUUCCUAUGGACAUUAAAAGCAUGUAUUUUAAGGACUGUUCAUACAAUUUCCAAAACUUUGUAAAAAUACACCUUAUGUUUCUCUUCUUUUUACAGUGGAAGGGAUGUAUUUGUCUGCAAAGUAUGAAGGAUGGAUGAUAAUGAAGACUGGCUUGGAUGUGAGAAAUGUGGACAGUUCUUUCAUACUAGUUGCCUAGGAUAA